AUGGCUGCCCUCAAGUUGUUUGUGGCUCUAACGCUGGUCUACGCGGUAUCCGCCGUGCCUCAACGCGCUGGCCUCGUCCAAUUCCUGGAAGCAACGAAAGCUCUAGGAUACCAACACAACAACAUCUUCCCGAAACAAGAACACAAGUUUGAUCCUUACACCUACAAUGGGGACCCGAUGACGGACACAGAAAUCAUUCCUGGACAGAUGAAUAACUAUGGCAAGUAUAGUUAUGGGUGUCGUGAUGGGUACUGCUGGGUGCAGUGCAGGUCCUUCCCAGUGGACAGCUGGUGUUGGUCGACUCCCACUUGGUCGUACUCCCAGAGUUACCAGUACGUGACGUGUCGGGAACAUAGUGAUUGCACCAACAGGCUUCAGUGUGCAACGCCGUGCAUUUGA